GUGCAGGUGACCUCAUUUAAGUGUGGUGGUUUUUCGAUGGGCAUUUCAACGAAUCAUGCAACAUUUGAUGGCCUAGGCUUCAAGCUCUUCUUGGACAACUUGGCUGCUGUAGCUGCUGACAAACCCCUGGCCGUUGACCCCUGUAAUGACCGGCGACUCCUGGCCGCCAGGUCCCCGCCACUUGUCGCAUUCCCACACCCUGAGCUCCUCAAGCUCAACACCCCUGUUGGCCAAGACUCAAACCCUCCUGUCUUUGAAGCCACCCAAGAAGACCUAGCCUUCAACAUUUUCAGCCUCACUUCUGCUGACAUCGCCCACCUCAAGGAGAAGGCCAAAGCCACCGAUGGGGUCCAUACCAACACGCGUAUCAGCGGCUUCAACGUCGUUACCGCCCACAUAUGGCGGUGCAAGGCAUUAUCAUGCGACACAGGGAAAAACAUGGAGAGAUUGUCCACCAUCCUUUACGCGGUUGACAUAAGGCCAAGACUAAACCCGCCAUUGCCGGCAUCUUAUUCGGCGAACGGGGUGCUCACUGCAUAUGCAAGAGCUUCAUGCAAGGAACUGAGUGAAGGGCCAUUUGCAAGAGUGGUGGAGAUGGUCUAUGAGGGUGCAAAAAGGAUGACAGAUGAGUAUGCAAGGUCUGUUAUAGACUGGGGAGAGUUGUACAAAGGGUUUCCACAUGGGGAGUUCUUGGUUUCAUCAUGGUGGAAAUUAGGAUUUGCUGAGGUGGCAUAUCCUUGGGGGAGGCCUAAGUAUAGUUGUCCUGUGGUGUAUCACAGGAAGGACAUCAUUUUGCUCUUUCCUGAUAUCAACCAAGGUUGUGGAAGCAAUAGUGGGGUUAAUGUUUUGGUGGCUCUCCCAAGUAAGGAAAUGGAAAACUUCCAAACUUUGCUCUCUUAA